ACUUUAGAAUGUUCUUAUGAAGAUCAAAAUUUAGUUCAGAUCUACUGGUACAAGCAAAGUUUGGGACAAAAGCCUAAAAUAAUGUCCAGUUUCUAUGGAUACACUUCACAGGGGACAUUUCAUGAGGAAUUUGAGAUUGACUCACGCUUUGAAUUGGAUACAAAAGGCAAAAGUCAUCACUUGAAGAUUUUUAAGUUGCAAUUUUCAGACUCCGCUACAUAUCACUGCAUAAGUUCUGAUUCUUACUCACUUACAUUUUUGAAGAGCUAUAUAGUCAAGGUGAAGGAUGCUUCUUUUUAUCUCAAGGAUUCAGUGGAUCAGUCGUCCUUUAAGAACAUCCAUCCAGGAGACUCUGUGACUCUGAACUGUACAGUACACACUGGGAGCUGUGAUGGAGAACACAGAGUUUACUGGUUCAAAGACUCUGAAGACUCUCAUCCAGGACUCAUUUACACUCAUGGAGGCAGGAAUGAUCAGUGUGAGAGAAAGAAGAACACACAAACACACAGUUGUGUCUACAAUCUCCACAUGAAGAAUCUGAAUGAAUCUCAUGCUGGGAUCUACUACUGUGCUGUUGCCUCGUGUGGACACAUACUGUUUGGAAACGGGACCAAACUGGUCCUCACAGUUUCUCAGAACUCUGUGAUUCUUCACACUUUGGUUGGAUUAUUGACCAUCAUGAGCGUCCUCGUUGUUUUUCUGCUUUUUCUUCUGUGGAAGAUCAACAAGAGAAACAACUGCACCUCUACAGAAGAAGGGUCAUCUGCUGCCCCCUUAAGAAGCUCAGAGGCUGAGAACAAAGAUGCAGAAAACCUUCAUUAUGCUGCUAUAAAUGUGAAGAGGUCCAACAGAUCAAGACAGAAGAACGGCUCCAACAAAGUCUGUGUUUAUUCGAGUGUAAGACAACAGAACCUUUAGACCAUGUAUUAAUGUUUUUAUAAAAAAAUAAAAAUAAAAA